CAUCCCGAUGCGAGAUUGUGACAAUGCAUCCUGCGGUCACCUGUCGCUUCUAGUCCCGAGACUGCCGGCUCUUCGACUAUUAGACGAGGCGUAGGUAUGCCCGUGGAAAGAUCAGGAGCGAAUCGAGCCUGGCUUUUCUGCUGCUUUUGAGAUACUGCGCGUGAUCGAAAUGGCAGGGCUUGAGCAGAUCGUCGUACAUGCGAGAAGCUAUCUCGUGCGAUGGAUCCGAGUCGAGGAGCACCAUUCCAUAUCGUGGUCGGUCGAGCCGCACAAAAAGAGCAUAAACUUUGGCAUCUUCAAGCACCCAGGAACUAAGGGCGGACUUACGCCAGUCUUGCCUACUCAUGAGACCGUAGAUGCAGCAACAUCAUUCCCACCGACGCCUAGCCUCGAUGGACAUGCGCAGGCCGGAAAGAGGCCAAGACAAGGCUCAAUUGGCAAAAGCGAAGACAGUACGGCAGUCGAAAAGCUGCGCAGCAUUGGCCUGAAGGAAGUUGCUUGGGCCGGCAAAUGCGAGGCAGACAAGGUCUCGAUGGGUCGUUACGAUGUGCCCGAGGGUGACGGCGGCAUGUUCGGCCUGGUUUUCGACAACACAUUCUCCAAGCAAACCGCAAAGACUAUCCACUUCGUCCUGAUGACCCAUCCGACGAACGCGCCGCCGAAAUCUGGGAACAGUCUACACUACUCCCAGGUUGUCUCGGCAGGCAACGCAGUUGGCAAGAACUACAGCCCGUCCUUGAAUCCAAUAACAGACUCAAGCAGUGGCAUGGAAUUCCGUGGUGCUGAAGGAACCACGUUCUAUACCGGCAGGCUAAACAAGCGCCGGAGAAAGAAAGGCCAAGGCUACGCUAAGCGGUUCUUCUCGUUGGACUACACCUCUUCAACCCUGUCCUACUACCGCGAUCGACAUUCGUCCGCUCUACGUGGUGCUGUACCCUUAUCUCUAGCUGCGGUCGGUGUCAAUGAGAAGACGCGCGAAUUCUCCAUCGAUUCCGGAGCCGAGGUAUGGCACCUCAAGGCACACAAUCGGAAGGAGUUCGACGGAUGGAGAGCUGCACUUGAACGCGCCGCGUCUGAAACGACGGUUACUCCUCCGCCUGCUUCUUCAACUCUGCCACAGGUGCGCUCAUUGCCGAAGCCAGCAGUAUAUGAUCCCAUUGCAGAGCGAGAGUGGCAGAGGAUCGAGGAGAUAGUCAGCAAGGUCUCUGGCACCAGGGACGCAGUCCGAGGCCUCGCCAAGGACACAGAUCCCAAGUAUCAUUCAACCGGUCUGGGACUUGGUCUAACCACAUCGCGCAGAAGCAGCAACGCACCGAGUCCCACAUCCCAUGAUGUAGACCAUUCAUACUUCCCUGACACCAAUGGCACUCCGGACAGGAGGCCUUUUUGGAAGCGUAAGCCAAGCGCGGAGCGGAGUGCAGCGCCUACAGGCAGACGAAGCAUUUCUGCCCAGCUUGCUCCGGCCAUUGGCGGCGCGCCAGCUCAUGUGGCCGACGAUCUUGUCCACGAGCGCUGUAUGGCUCUACUUCGCGACCUUGACGAUGCCGUAAGCGCGUUCAGCGCGCUAAUUGCCGAGAGCAAGGCAAGACGUAGACCACCUUUGCCGACGACGGCGUCCCGAAACUCGUUCGAGUCAACAGACAACCAAGAGUACUUCGACGCCUUGGACGGUGACGGAAGCCCUACGCAGUUAUUCAACAUUCGACACAGCCAAGAAGACGAAGGCCAGAACGGCCACGAUACCGAUGCAGACUCAGACGCCAGCAGUGACACGGGAGAUGUUGACCGACAGGCUCUCGCAGCGACUCUGAAAACGGCACACAAUGGAUCGUUCCCUCGCUUACCAGAUACAUUGCCACCGCUACCUUUGCCACUUGUCAAGCGGAGGCUGAACGUCCACACACCGAAGCAUGCGCCACCCAGCAUCAUCAGCUUCUUGCGGAAAAACGCCGGAAAGGACCUAUCUACUGUGUCUAUGCCAGUGACGGCAAACGAGCCCACUUCGCUGUUGCAACGCUUGGCUGAGAGCAUGGAGUACUCUCGACUCCUCGAUCACGCUGCUUCCGCAUCACUUCCACCAACUGAGCGGUUGGCGUAUGUCACUGCAUUCGCCGUUUCGUACUUUGCCAAUAACCGCGUCAAAGAGCGCGCUCUCAGAAAGCCGUUCAAUCCAAUGCUGGGUGAAACGUAUGAGCUCGUCCGGGAAGAUCUUGGCUUUCGCUUCUUGGCAGAGAAGGUAUCGCAUCAUCCAGUGCGGAUGGCAUGUCAAGCUGAAAGUCUAACCAAUGGCGGCUGGUGCUUCACACAGUCUCCCAAGCCUGAGCAGAAGUUCUGGGGCAAGAGUGUCGAGCUCAACACCGAAGGACGAGCGAGAGUGGUCCUGCAAGCACCCAGGGAGCAGUAUUCGUGGAGUCAGGCAACAUGCUUUCUGCGCAACGUCAUUGCGGGAGAGAAGUACGUGGAGCCGGUCCAGAGUAUGACCGUGCAUUGUGAGACGAGCGGCAUGCGCGCCGUGGCCACCUUCAAAUCUGGUGGCAUGUUCUCUGGCAGGAGCGAAGACGUCCAGAUUGAACUCUUCGACCCUGCGAAAGGCGACGCACCGCUAUCGCUAGGCUUAACAGGCAAAUGGACCGAAGGUCUCAAGCGAACAGAUACCGGCGCAGACGUCUGGACGGUUGGCCCGCUUGUGCCGGAUGCGGCUAAGGUCUACGGCUUUACAACCUUCGCUGCCGCGCUGAAUGAGAUCACCGCGGUCGAAGAUGGCCAUCUCCCGCCGACGGACUCUCGACUGCGACCCGAUCAGCGCGCUCUGGAGGUAGGCGAUGUAGACAAAGCUGAGGCGCUGAAGGCGCGUCUCGAAGAACGACAGCGUGCGAGGCGGAAGGUGCGCGAGACCCACGGACAAGAGUGGCGACCGCGCUUCUUCGAGAAGGUAAGCGGCGGAGAAGGCGAAGGAUCGAAGGGUACGGAGGAAGACCUUUGGAUACUUAAGCGACAUGGUGGCUAUUGGGAACAACGUGUCAAGGGGGAAUGGACUGGUGUGGAAGAGGUGUUUGAGGUCUAA